AUGGCGAAUGUGCAAGAGAUUGAAAACUGCCCAGGAAAGAAAGCAUGGGGACGGCGGUACUGCUGCGUCAAAGACUGUAACGGCCGCGCAGGGCUGCCUGCUCUCCGACUCUACAGAUUUCCUGGCCGGUCGUGGGAAGAGCAGCGCCGGAAGAAAUGGAUUGCUGCUGUGCGCAGAGUGAAGUGGAGCAAAAGGACCACAAAUUUCAAUAGGACAAAUGAGCAUCCAGAAGUUGACAUAAGCAGUGAUGAAGCAGCGAACGACUCAAGUGAAACUGUGGACAAAAUUGAUCCAAUGCUGAGUGAGCUACAGCCAACUGCCGAGACCAUGAGGGCCUCAUGUGAUCAGGCCUGCCAAACUGAAGCUUGUGAAGGUACAACACCGUUUUCCAUAUUUGUAUGCUCAAUACAUGAAACUGACGCUUGCACUCAGAUUAAUCACACAAUCACGUGUGAUGCUGAGGUACAAUGCCAACCUAUCACAGCCUCCUAUCACAGUGGCCCAGUCAUCAGAUCCAGUUACUUUGGUGGCUAUGACAUUGUUAAAUCCUCUAGUGCUGCUAUGAGAGACCUGUGCGGUGUGAGUGUUGAUGUAUUUGCCCUCUUGCUGGGCAUUAUCCCUAAUCCUGCAGACCGAACAUGUGAUGUCUUUUUGUUUGACAGGCUUGUUAUGUUCUUAAUGAAAAUGAAGCUGGGCACUUCUUUCGCAUCUCUUGCGGUACUAUUUUCUGUAAGUGGACGGACAGCCUCACGCCACUUUCACGGCAUCUUCCGUACACUGACUACUGCAACUCAAAAAUGGAUCUAUCGACCACCGUCGCACGUGAUAAUGUCAAGAAUGCCGAACUGCUUCAAGAUCCACUACCCUGGCUGCACCAUGAUCAUAGACUGUACCAAGGUUAGAACUGAGAAGCCAAGCACUGUACAGCAGCAGCGAGUGCUGUACUCAAAUUAUAAAGGUGGCUACACACUCAAAUUCAUGGUUGGAAUAGCCCCUUGUGGAGCAGUCUGUUUUCGAUCAAAAGCAUAUGGAGGGCGCUGUUCUGAUGCAUUCAUUACUGUUGACUCGGGCUUCUUAGAUCUCGUGCAGCCAGGUGACAUAAUCAUGGCCGACAAGGGCUUCCCAGGCAUCAAGUCAGAGGUUGAGGAAGCUCAUGCUGUUCUUGUGAUGCCCCGUUUCUUGCAUGGGCAUGGCCAGUUCACUGACAGUGAAAUAUUGGAAACGUACAACAUCGCGCAAGUCAGAAUUCAUGUUGAAAGAAUAAUUCAGCGCAUAAAGACAUACAACAUCCUCAACUCACGGGUUACCACAGAGAUGAAUGCCAAAAUGUCAGAUUUCAUGUGUGCGGUGUUUUAACAAACCUGCAAUCCCCUAUCAUAGAUGAAGAGCGUGUGGACUCUACGGUGUAGAAUUUGUGAAUGAUUAUGUACAAUAGUGCAUUGAAGCUAGCACAGAUUGAAACUGUCAUUCUAGUCAAUUCCUAAAUGUUAUGGUUCAACUGUUAUCUAUUUUGUUUGUGAAU